AACACUCUCCCUUUCUUCACUGUUGUUUCCUUCCUGCCUGCCUUCCUUUCUGCCUCCCUCCCUUCCUGUCUUCCUUUCUCCUGCCCUUCCUUCUAUCCUUCCUCAGGCAUUAUGGACAGGAGAUGGUGAAGAUGUUGCUGAGCCAUCAAAAAUUUAAAAUGCUUCUGGAACAAUCUCUCUCCACGCGUGAUCUGGAAGAUAUUCUGACAAUAAUUAAGAAGAAAGGGAUGGAAAACCAGAAGGGUGAACGCCCAUCUGUCAAGGAGCCGCUGGAGAAGAGUAACGAUGGCUCCAAGAAGCCCCAGGCCACAUUGCCUUCUAGCAAACAGGUGAAACCUACCUCUGGUGGACGCCUCGUACACCGUGCCAAAGCCCAGGUCACGCUGCCUGCAGCUGUGGAAGAAACGGAGCCGCUCCAGAAGCUUUACCAUCUCCUGGAGGCCAAGGGGUUUCAGACACGCAUGGAAGGAGUGGCACUCCUCCUAGACCUGUGCAAAACCAGCCCCCAGCUCAUCUCCACUAACAUUGUCCAAAGAUUUUUGAUUAUUUUGUCCUGAGAAUAUCUGACAGCCACAAGAAAGUGAGGCAGAAGGCGCUGGAUGUGCUGGCUGAAAUCAUCGGCCUCCUGGAAGAUGCCC